AUGGAAGCACCGGUCGAAAAUAGCACUGUUAACGCUAGUCCCUCUCCCAGCAUAGCCUUCUCGGCUAUCGUACAGACACUGAUUGACUCAUGCGCUGAAACAAAAAUAAUUAAAACCGAAAAUUCGGCUCAAGUUUUGGCGCAAAUCGUGAACCGCUGUUUUGCCGAAUCCAAAGACGACCUCUUCUGCGUCGGCGUCUCGGGAGGAAGCGUUCCGCAGGUGUUGGCGCGCGCUUUGCCCCAAAUGGUCACCGAAUGGCGCAAAUGGCGACUCUUGCUGUGCGACGAGCGUCUGGUGCCGGUCGACGACCCGGAGAACACGUUCGGCGUCUAUCGCUCCACUGUUCUGCCGCUCAUUCCCGAGUUGUCCGCCGACCAGUUCCUCGCCGUCGACCACUCGCUGGCGGCUGAAGACGCGGCCAAAGACUACGAGCGGCGCGUGAGAGCGGUGUUGGGCGCCGAGACGCCGGACCUCCUCCUGCUGGGGAUGGGUCCGGACGGCCACACGUGCUCUCUCUUCCCGAACCACGCGCUCUUAGAGGAGAAGGAGAAAUGGAUCGCUGCCAUCACGGAUUCGCCCAAACCGCCGCCGUCGCGCGUGACGAUGACGUUGUCUUUGGUGAAUGCGUCCAAAUGCGUGGUCUUCUUGUGUUCGGGCGCCGCGAAGGCCGAAGUGUUGCGCCGCGUUCUGGUGGACAACGACCAGUCUCUGCCCGCAGCGCGAGUGACGCCUCCCGCCGUGUAUUGGUUGGUGGACGCCGAGAGCGCGCGUCUCAUUCCCGAAGAGUUGUUGAGCGCAGAGUUGUUGUGA